AAUACUGCAGUACAGCUUGGAACCUAGAAACUGUUGUUGCUUCAGCGGCUGGAGGAAAAGGCUGUUUUCUGUGACGUGGUAGAGAGGAAGGAAAAGAGGAGGGGGAACCUCCCAGCUCUCAGCCAGGCUCUUGCAGGAGUGAGGAAGAAACACAGGCAUAACCUGAAGGCUCCAAUCCCCUUCUGCAGAUAAAGCAGGAAUCUCUGAGCAAAGCUGUUGCAAUGGACAUGUACUACAUUUUCAGCUAUUACUUGAUCCAGUUCUGUGGACAUUCCUGGAUGUUUACCAAUAUGAUCAUCAGGUUCUUGUCUUUUGGAGAAGAUUCUGUGGCCGAUACUUUCUACUCUAUUGGACUCGUCAUGCGUAUUUGCCAGUCAUUGUCUAUACUGGAGCUCUUGCAUAUUUUUCUUGGCAUUGAAAAAGAUCGGUUUUAUCCAAGGCUUUUACAGAUUACAGAAAGAAUCAUUAUCCUAUUUGUUGUAAUUGCCAGUCAAGAAGAAGUUCAAGGAAAAUCUGUGGUGUGCCUUUUAUUUUUCCUCUGGAGCUUCCUUGAUGUGAUCAGAUAUACUUACUGCAUGUUAGCGGUGAUAGGAAUACAUUUCCAAGGGCUGGCAUGGCUCAAUUAUGUGCUGUGGAUUCUUUUAUAUCCGUUAUCAGUGUUGGCUGAAGCAUUUGCCAUAUAUGAAUCACUGCCUCACUUUGAAACUUCUGGCACUUACUCCAUCAAACUGCCCUUGCCAUUUGCUGUGCCCAUCUACUUUCCUUAUAUACUAAAAAUGUACAUGGUAACAUUGUUUGGAGGUAUGUGCUUCAUUGUCCGACACCUUGAUACAGAAUGGAGCGCUCAUCUAAGAUGCUACAAUGACAAAGCAAAAAUUAGCUAACAUACUUUGUUAUCAGGCAAUGAGGAAAAUGGCUUCAGACAACCUGCUGGUAAACACACUUGGAAAGAAACAUUGCUCUGUGUUUCAGACAAUAGAGACAAUUAAUUACAACCAACUUAAAGAAGCAAAGAAUGCCACACACUCACUGGAGCAGUCACUUUGAAUCAUGGCUUCCUGCACGUGCACACAACAGAAAUGAACUUGGAACAGAGCUUAACAGGUUUUUAGUUUUAAUCGCUGUUAGAAAAUGUAAAUGCAAGUACCUAGAUCCCAGAGGCUCUUUUUUGGCCAAGGAGUCCUUAUAGCAACACCCAUUCACUUCAAAGGAGUACAUAAUCUGCUGUCUCUAUCAAAUCCAAUGGGGAAAUGCCACGUGUAUGGGAUCUCAGUUCUUACAUGAAGGCUCCUUCUUUGAGUGCACAUUUCUCUUAUACCCACUCAAGAAAGUUUUAAAAGCUGCCCUCUGAAAUGUUCUCUGUGGCUAGUUCUACCAUGAAGUGAACUAAAAAACUUCAGGACUGGAAGAUCCUAUUGGAACUUACUGGCAACUUAUUGGCAACAAAUAGAAUUAAAAAGCUGAAGAAAAAGUGGGGUCUAGUGGUCAGAGUGAAUUUAGUUCAGAUCCUGACUUUGACAUGGAAGUUUACUGACCUUGGACUAGCUGCAUAUUCUUAGCCUUGUCUAACUCACAUGGUUGUUGUAAGGAAAAAUAGAGAGGGGGCAGGGGGAUAAAUGAAGUAAAUAGAUAAACUAGCCCAGAAAACUAGUGUGAGAUGUGCAGCAAAGACAAGGAAAAGAUGAAUGGAAAGCGCAAAGUUCACACAUCUGCGUGAAAAAAAACACCCUCACAGACAUCUAAAACUUGCCAAGUUUCUUGAUAGAUAAAAUCUGCAUCAUAUAUAUUGUUGUAGUAUUUAGGUCCUACUUUACAGAUGGCAACAUAGAUCAAUAAAUGGCCUAGAAAUGGAGAGCAACAUAUCAUAAAGCAUCACAGAAAAGAUGUGGAAAAGCUGAAUUACUAGGAAUGUUAUUACCUUACAAGUGCAGCUACUGAGUAACAGGGCCUGCUGUAGUGGAACGGAGAAGAGGUGAUUUAUAGAACACAUUUAAAAUUACAAUAUGUUUGUGUGAUCAUAAAAAUAAAAAGUUAUAUAUACACA